AUGGUUUUUUUCGACGCUGCUGAGUCCGUCUCUGCGCCGGGCACGCCGCCAAGCUGCGCAGAGCCCCAGGAUGUCAUCUGCCAGCAUGAGCUAGCCGCGCCCGCCAUACCGUCAGUGCGGGAUGUCUACGAUCCGGACGAGGAUCUUUUAUCCGAAGAUGAGCUGGAGGCCGGAGGUUUCGCAAAUAACAACUGCCGAAUCUUCGCAGACGCCCCCCAUUUUUCGUCUCCUGCGCCGGGGGCACACGCGUUCGCGGACAACCCAUAUGUCCACAAACCGCCUGAGAGCUACAUGCCAUCUCUCAAGGGCGCUUUUGCGCCCAUAAACCAGGAUAUAAUGUCUCCUGGUUUUUUCCCUUCGUCGGCGCAGUCUCCACUCCGGUCUCCUGCCUCCACACACAUCACCAAUUUGGAUGUCACACGUCCUGCCGGUCAACUGCCGUCGGAUCUUCGCACUUCACCUGCGGAAGUCGAACUCGAACGAUCGAGGGACUUUGUCGCGGACGACCGUCGGACGGCGUCUGAGGAUGUUCAAGAGGCGUCGAAUAGAUGCCUCCCUCACUUUGGCGCUGUUGCCGGCGACGAACCGCGGAAUGACUUCGCAGGUGCCUUGCUAGAGAAACGCAUCGAAGCAGAACCGGAGAUGUGCGGCCGCAUGAACAGAAGCCAUUUUUACGACGAAGACAGCACCUCUCCAGAGCUAUCCGGAUGCGAAGAGACCGCGGGUCUCCGCCACCAAAGUUCCGGUCUCUCUUCCAAUGCACCAGAAGCCGGCGCGACCAUUGCAGUUGCUGCAAAAGUCGGCACGGCGGUCCUACCACCACACCUUGCGCUCCACCCGAAGGCCGACGAAAAAGACGAAGCCACGCCACCUCUUCAGGAGACGCAGUAUGAACGCGCAGCCCAGGGGGAGGCUGCUGAGCAGUCUACCGUGCUGCAGGACCCCAACACUCUGCUUCACAAAGCUCAGCUUCCUCUGGCGAACCUCGACUCGGCAGACGCGACCCUUGGGUCCAGCGCAGAAGCCCUUGCUGCAUGGCAGGCGAGUGUCUUUUCAGCGUCCUUCCCGUCCUUUACAGCGCUUCGCCUGUCGACGGCGAAGGCACGCUUUUCAGCUCACGCAGCAAGCUCCGCAGUGUCUCCUGCCCCCGCCACGGUGUGGCCCGGCUGCGAACGCCCCCACGCUGACAACGCAGCAUUGGAUGCUCUAUCCCACCAAGACGGUGCCGUUGCAGAGUUUCCUUCCUUCCAUUCGGAUGCCUGUGAGGAGGACUCCGACGCGGGAAACGGUCCGCAUACGGCGAAUUCCGCCAACCCGUUUUCUUUUGCGUCUGUCACGCCAUCAGCCGCCGGCGUGCCGCCGUCCACGUGCUCGGUCGACUACGCGCCCGCUCCUCUGCCGAUGUUGGCUCGUCCUCCCUCGCUAACGAGCGGCUUGUUGAACACAUGCGCAGCCGUGCCCCUUCCUUCGCAGCUGGGCGACACCGAGAGAGACUCAGAGGGGCGCCUCGCCGGGCCCUCUUCUCCUCGCCGCGCCGUUCAUGAGGAACUCCGUCCUCCAAACAAUCUAUGCAACACGCCGCCGUCAACGCCUCACGCUUUGAAUGUGCCCUUGCUGGGUAACCGGUCCCCGGUCCCCCAAGAUCGCCCCCGCCGUCCUACGGGUUCAGGCGGGGCUUUGACCCACGGCGGCGCCAUUCACUCAACCAGCAGCGGCCCGGGGUCUUUCCUGGUGCCCAUGAACUCAGAGGAGAUGAUUGAGGACGAGGCCAGCCAAGACGAGAAAGACCGACUGGAGCUACAGGCCAAACUGGCGCAAGUGCGGCAAGCGAGGCGCGACGAAAUGGAGAGGCAGCUGCGGCUUCAGGAGGAGCAAGAUGAGCAAGAAUUGAAGCUUCAGCUGGCCUCAAUGAAGCAGAGACGAGCCGAGGAGAAGGCCCUUAAAGCUUGUUUGGAGGAAUCCACUCCCACUCCCGCCCUCACUCAUGGAACCGGUUCACAUUACGACAGUGGGAGCCUGACCGAACAUACGAGAGUGCCUUUUGAAGGAAGGAUCUAUCAACUCUCUCACGCUGAAGCAGCAGAGCCAGAAAAUGAGUCUUUCGUGCCUGACCGUAACCAAACCGCCGUUUUCGGCUCAGACGCAGGCGGCCUUGGAACGACGGAUUUAGGCUCGCGCUUGGCCAGGACGAAAUAUUCUGAGAAGAGCUCGGCGGAGCAGGAGGGGAGAUACCAUGCCACUUUCGUGUCUUCUGCAGCGCCGAACCUCUCCGAGGAGCGGCGCAGCCUCGAGGAUGCUCACGGGAUCCCAGCGUCCGCCGCAAGUCACACGGGCGAGCAGCCCGAGGACCAGCGGCAAAUUUCUUUUAACCCGUUCGUGGCGACCGGUGGAGCCGCUUGCACAGAUGCGUCUCCCACCAAGCAGCGCGAGAUUAGGCUUCCUUCAUUCGGUGGAGUUCGGAGCGCAGGCGACCUCGGGGUUCGUUCUGCCCAUGGGUCCGCGGAGGCCGCAAGCACGGAGAAGCAAGAGACGCAGACAGGCACAGACAAAGCCUCGCCCGAAGAGCCGGCGGGAGCUAAAGCGGAGUCUGGGAUGUCUUCGCACCCAAGCCUCCAGGUUCCGCUUCCUUCUUUCCCGCUCGUGACGAAUAACGGCCAGAGGACGAGCCCGUCCCGCAGAGGCGACACGAAAUCCUCGCAGGGCCUGCAGGAUCUCCCUGCAAUCCCGUGCCCGGAUACGCCGGAAUCCCAUCUCCAUGCGUCUGGUCUCGAGGGCGUCACGACUUUCUCCGCAUCCCAGGCAGGUGCCAACCCGUCGGCUUGCUCGCCGAUGAAUCAGUGCCACGAGACUGUUUUCUCUUCGGUCGAUCUUCACGCGUGCCCUCUGGCGGCUCCUGAGGAAAUCACCUCCCCGCGCGGACUCCCGCUUUCACCUGCCAGAGUGAUUCACUAUGAAGAAGUCGUCAGAAUUCCAACCUCGCCCAAGUCCUCAGUCGCCGCCUUUUCAGGCUCAACGUGUGAUGCAAGAGACUCUGUGACUGUGACUUCAAAUGCUUUCGCCGCCCUGCUGCCCAGCAAUCCUCCAGACCAAGGAAUCGUGUUCUCCGCCCCAGGAAGCCCCCGGGGUCUCGCCCGACUGCAGCCCGCGGGCCUACAACAGCCCCUGUACUACUACAACUCGGCGACAGCGACCCACGAUCCUCUUCAGGAGCUGACUCUGCAAAACGAAGAGAUGUGCGGAGGCAUUGCCAACCUGGUGUCGGCUGCCAUCCUGCCAGCUAGCUGCAGCGUGCUUGCCUCGUCCGCUUCGAAUCCAGCGAGCCCCGCCGUCGUGGCUCGUCCUCCGUCCCCGUGCAUUAGUCCUGCCUACACACAACGCGGCACGGAACACGACAGAGGCGUCUUGCACACAGAGCCGGACACAUCUGCAGCAGGAUCUCGAUACAUUCCAGAGUCUCCUGUUUCUGCUGCUCCUGCGUCCACGAGCCCUCUCACGUACUGCGCGCCGCUCCCCAGCUCCCAGCUGCUCUCGAGCCCCCAAGUCCAGGCUGCGCCGGCUGCCGAGAUUUCGUCAGGUGAAGAGCCGUCGGUAACGGCCGGGGCCAUAACUGCUGCCAGGCCGCGGUCGCAGCUCCCGCCCCUUCCGCUGGCUUACCUGGUUGGACCUCUGUCUCCCUCUCAGACCCUUGCCGCGGCUUGUGAAGCCCCGCUCGCCCCACAAGCGGCCUCACUCGUCGUGGCGCGUGAAACGCGCCCGUCCCAGCUGGCAGACGCCACCCCGGCGGCGCUGCCUUUUGCAGCCGCUCCGAACAGUUGUGGGGCGCCGAUUGCCACUCAGGUGACCUCUCCGGGCCGUGCCUCUCAGUUGUACGCGCGCUCGGCCGUCCUGACUGCUGUGGGAGAAGCUGAGCGGGAACGCCGCGGGAGUGCGCAGUGUGGAGUGACGUAUGGAUAUCAGCAAGAGGUGGUGCCGCACAUGCCCCCCCACGCGCAGAACGGGGCACGCGGAGCUCAAGAACUUGUGCAGAUAAGCCAGCCGUCGGCAGCGCUCGGAUGUCAAGUCAAUGUGCAACUCGGGACACCAAGCACCACGCUCUCUGCCGGCGCUCAAUAUUUCCACGCUUCCGGGUCGCACGCCCCUUACUACUAUAUGCCGACGUGCCCCCCGCCUGAUGGAUGCUUCUACGGAGCGUCCCUAGCUCCGGGAGGCUUUGGCCCACUCCAAACACAGGACGGUGCGACAGACACGUUUUCUGAUGCCUCCUCUAGCAUUUCAUCGACCCACCCAGCCCCCCUGAACGCCGCCGUCCCCUCCACCCGCCUCACGACAGAAGUCCCUUCUCUGCCUCAGCAUCUCGGACCGUUCGUGUCUCUUUCGUGCGCGGAAGAUUCGUUUAAACCCUUCAAGCGUACCGUGCGCUGCCGCUCCCGCAACGCGAGCCGUCCCGUGUCCCCUGGUGGUGGCAGGCAUGCUGCGGGACUCACCCUCCACCCUGGCGGCGGGCCGCUGACUCGUCAGCAACAUCUCCCAGGAGACAACGCGGGUUAUCUUCUGCAUGCGUCGCCCCAAGAUUCCCUCGGCUCUCUCCAACUUUUGCCCUACGCAAGCGCCUCCGCUGCACUCGACCCGUCUCAAAACUCGUCUCCAUUGUUCCGGCGUACCGAACUGAGGCAGCAAGGCAGGGGGAGAUCGGUUACGCCCGGGAAGCGCUUUCUGGGUGGCACGACGCGCCUCUUUGGAGGCUCAAAGGCUCACCAGCCCCCCUCAGCUCAGCUCGGGGCUGCAUCCGACAAGCCCCUGGGUGCACAUGCUGGUCAGUCUUCCGUGCGGCCCCUGUCCAUUCUCCCCGCUGCAGGCGGCGAGCCUCUGCUUCGAGGUGAAAACGGCCUCCAGCAACCUCAGCCGAACGCGUUUUUCGGGCCUGCCUCCCAGGGGAGUAACGCGGGAUAUCCGGCCCUGACGCCGCCCAUCCCUAUCCUCAUCAAGCGCGUCGCGCCCCGGGACGAUACAGACGACUCUCAAGAAGACGACGACUCCCGUGGACUCCGACGCUCCAGAGCACCUUCGCUGGUCGGCAGAAUGGCGGCCGCAGCCACCGGCACACUUCUCAACGUGGGAGGCAGAGUCGUCGGCGAAGUCGGGAACGUGGCGGCCGAAGUCGGCGGCACGGUAGUCAAGCAGCUCGCCUCGAUGAUCCAAAAGGGCUUUGACAACCUCAUGGAAGGCGACAGCUCAAGUGGCCCUGAGCCGGCGUAUGGAGAGGCGGCGCUAGAGGAGAACGCCGACAUGCAGCGAAGGACAAGCUUUGAUGGGGCCUGUGGCAGCAACGCGGAGCUCAGCCGCGCACAGGCUUUCAUAAGAGACACGCAGGAGGCACGCUCAAACGGAAGGUGCACAGAGAGAGACCGCCGCGCGCUCAACCGAAGUGCGUGGUUCUCCGUGGCCCCCGCAGUUGGCGCCGAGAACGCGUUCGCCUACCCAGAGCGAAGUUUUUCUGGGGAAGACACUGCAGAGGAGCAGGUCAAGCUGAGCCAGACCAGGAUGGAAGAAAAAACUGCUUUGUAUGAGCAACCCCCCUAUAGCGGCCCCGGAGGAGCCUUCCCUGGAGCGCCUGAGGCCUCUUUGGGCCCGCGAGAGAACUCAAUCAGGCCGCCUCUGUCUGCCUCGUUUCCGGAGAGCGAAAGCACUCGGGCUGCACCGCGUGACUCCGCUGGGAAGGAGAGGCCCUUUUAUCCACUCUCGCGCGAAAACGAGCGUCCACAGGUCUCUCACCCGAGCUAUUUCAGCGUGCGUGAGGCGCAGCGUCGAAGCCCCUCGAAUGACUCUGACCACUCCAGCGUGCGGAUGUACGCAGAAGAGGGCCGCCUCCUGCCUGUUUCGCAGCCAAACUCGGUGGCCAGUGGUUUGGCUUCCCCUGAGGAUUCACACGUACUGAGCCACGACGAGGGAUCGUACAGGAUGUGUCCCUUGGAUCCCCGCGAGAACCUCUCGAGCCACCACGCAGCUGCCACGAGCGGAUAUCCCACUUUCCAAGAAACUGCGUCCUCCGAGCAUCACUACGCCGCGCAAAGACAGUACUCACAAGGCCAGGACUCCUUCUACGGCUCGUCUUCGUCUGCCCAGGAAGCGGGGAUCGCUCCAGAACGGCGUGCAGCCUUCUUCACUUCACAAGAGCAAAGCAGCCACUGUCGGGGCGCCUCCCACGAAGCGUACCCACCAGCUGAAGCAAUGAUGCCCGUACCCCAGGCCCUCUACCUCAAAAAAUACCACGCUGUCGGCCAAACAGUCCCUUCCGAGGUCUCCGACGAGCGAUUCUUUUCCUGUCUUCGGGCUGGUCAACAGGCGCCAACAUCUCGCUUGCCACCGCUGCCUGAGCACCGCGCUCAACAUCCAGACGCGGCCCCGGGAAGCCUUCACAUGCAGUCGCAGAGAGGGAAGCGGUGCCUGCCGCCCCUACCUCCGUAUGCAGAGAACCGCGGUCGCAGUCUGCCUCUGGCAGAGUGCGGCGGCCAAACGGAAGCCAUGAAAGAAAAGUUCGAAGCCUGCGAUAGAAUCGUCGGCAGGUGGAUCGAGCGAAACAAGUCAGUUAAGGGACUUUAA